GUUUACCUUUGGAUCUCUAAGUUUGGCUUAGCUGCUUAAUGUAGUUCUUUUAUCUUUUUAUCAUUAGGCUGCACUAGAACUGCCUAUUUAUAAUAACUAGACUACAUUACUGCAUUGCUAGGCUUGGUUAAUACGCUGGAUGACUCCAUCACUCAGAAAUUAGUUGCAUACUUCUCCAACUUGCUUGUCCAUCCAUCCAACAGAAAUAGUGUGGCCUCUAGGAAUUCACCAUUUGUUGAGGGAAACACCCACAUGGAAUAAUUUUCAGGUGGGACAGCAUGUGUCAAUGGAAGUAAAAUCACAGUCCCCAGGGAGCAUCAAAGAAGGGAUAACCUGAGGGUGUGGGUGGCCUCACAAAGGCGAAAGCAGUCCUGGAAGAGGUGGGGAGUGAGUGGGGUGCAGUGGCAGAUGGAGAUGACAGGGUGUGAAAUUGCACACGGUCUCUGCUCCUUCAAGCUCCCAGGAGCACCUCAGGGAUAUUGAUGGAGAAGCUGGAUGGAAAACCUCAGCUCUGUGUUUGCAAACUAAGUGGCUCAUAGGAUGCAUGGCGUGGAUCACAUGCACACGUGUGCCUUAAGGAUGAGGUUUAGGUGGAAGGCGUGCUGUUUGGGGAAGGGUGCAUGGGAUUUGCAUCAAAUGUUCGGAUUUGGGCAAAUCUCUUAAUGUCCUGAGACUCACUGUUCCUGUGCCCAGAGUGGAGGUGGUCCCUUCUGCCCUUCCUGCCCUCCAGGAGUUCGUAGAGAAUCAUAAGAUGGUAGGCUUAAAUUACUGUGAGGCUCUCCAUGCAGUCAUGUGCUCCAGGUCACGUAGUCCACAAAGGGGCUUCAGGGCCUCUGUCCCCUUGGGAGACAGAGAGUGUCAGAAAGCAGCUUGUGCACUUGCAGGAAGAAGCAUUAUGCCUGCUACACCAGUGUCUUCUCCACCCUGACCAGCUGGGGGUGCGUGGGCAUGCACAGCCCUUGCAGACUGGGGAGCAGAAGAUGUCCAGCCAAGUCUGGCUCCAGGAAGGGCCUCUUCUGACCACUGCAGCUUCAUCUGCCUGGCAGCACUUCAGCCGGCCAUCAGCUUCCAGGGCUGACUGCAGACUGCAGACACUCUGGCAGGGGACACAUGGAAACCACCCGCCCACCAGCCAAGGAUCAGCUGAACCCUGGAGCUGAUGCUUGCCUGCAUUGCUGAGAACGGUACCAAGGCCCAGUCUGGCACCAGGACGGAGGUUAAGCCGGGGCACUCCUGCACAGGGAUCCUGAUGUCUGUUCUGAGCCACACACUCGAAGCUAUAAUCAAGUUUCCUCGCUCAGGAGGUGGCCUGCUUGGCAGGGAAGGCUGCCCCAAGGCUGGAGAGGGCAAGGGUACUGUGACCCAGCCUAGGGAGGAGGUGGCCCUCAAAGCAGGAGGGUGUGUCCAGAGUCCGGAAAGAACGCUACCGUGCCUGGAGGAUGUGCGGCAUUCAGGUGCAGGCCCGAGCCAGCGCCAUGGCUUCUGCCGAGCCCCUGACGGCGCUGUCCCGCUGGUACCUGUACGCCAUCCACGGCUACUUCUGUGAGGUGAUGUUCACAGCGGCCUGGGAGUUCGUGGUGAACUUUAACUGGAAGUUCCCGGGCGUCACGAGCGUGUGGGCCCUGUUCAUCUACGGUACCUCCAUCCUCAUCGUGGAGCGCAUGUACCUGCGCCUGCGGGGCCGCUGCCCGCUCCUGCUGCGCUGCCUCAUCUACACGCUCUGGACCUACCUGUGGGAGUUCACCACCGGCUUCAUCCUGCGCCAGUUCAACGCCUGCCCCUGGGAUUACUCUCAGUUUGACUUCGACUUCAUGGGCCUCAUCACCCUGGAGUACGCUGUGCCCUGGUUCUGCGGGGCCCUCAUUGUGGAGCAGUUCAUCAUCCGCAACACCCUUCGCCUCCGCUUUGACAAGGACGCCGAACCCGGUGGCCCUGUGGCCCUGGCUAAUGGACAUGUCAAGACUGACUGAGUAGGGGAUGGCUGGGGGAGGGCUAGGGAGGCUCUCAUGGACCCCAUGGACAAAAAGACCAAGCUGGUGGCAUUGCCUCUUCAGUUUGCCACAAGCCCUGCCCUAGUAGGGUGAAUACAGCCCCAUACCCUCCGUGGGGGAAUUGUGUUGGGGGGCCAGGUGUCAAGGCAACAGAAGGACAUUGGGAAGGGUCCCUGGAUCUCCACCAGUGCAGGGCAACAUGGCUGGGCAAUGUCUGGACUGCAUGGAUGACUAGGAAGCAAUAGGCCCUGUCUUGACUAGGGAACAUUGUGAAUGGGGCCAAAGGUGAGAGGCAAGGUCGGCCAAGGCUUUGGGCUGCUUCUGUGGCCCCUUCCCUCCCUCUCACCCAGAUGUAGCUGGGCUUUGGCUGGUUCCAUUAGGCAAUAUUCAGGUGCUUGCUUGCAACCAAUACCUCCCCGGGGGCCUGCUGAGCUGCAGCCUAAGAGAGACCCUGUAGCCACCAAGCGGCUUGGCAGCAGCGCUGGUCUGCAGACACUGGGAACAUUUCCCUGACUCCUCUCCCCUCCCCCAGGGCCCCACGCUGCUCCCUUGGCCUUCUGGGGGCCCCUGUGGUGCUGGAUUCCCACCAACCUUGGGCUUUUGGAGGUUUCAGUCCCUGUGUGUUCGGUGGUGUUUCCCCUUUUUUUCUUGUUUUCAAGGCCUUUACCCCUAGCAGCCCUUUUAUCUGUGUUGGUCACCACACCUGCCCCUCACUGUCCCCAGCUCCCUAGCUGACAUGGCAUCAGCCAGGGGUCAAAUCCUGAGACAGACCCCGCCUGCCUUUUUGCAGCCUCCACUCCUCCUGAUGGCCCAAUGACCAGGAGGUCCUGAGUUCUGCCUCCUCAGCUCUGAUCUGGUGGGCUACUUGGCAGCGUCCCCUCCCUGCAAGGGCCCUGCUAAAAACAAAGGUAGCCCCCAGUGCAUAGUUGGCCCAAGGGGCAAAUCAGUACAGUGGGGGAAGAGACAGCUCCAGGUCCUAUUUGCCAGUACUGGUUUAUUUUCAAGCCAGUGAGGCAAAGUACCUUCCUAGGGGAUGGAGGAGCAGGUAUCCAGAGUUGGAGACCCAUGGAGAAUGAGAAAGAAAAAAAGGACCACGGGAGGCUCUUUAGAGCCUUCCUCAUGGGACGAAGGGAUCCGUUCUGGUUCUACCAUGGCCCCAGCUCUGCAGCUAAACCUCAGGGCUGCCCCUCCCGUUCACCCUCCUGGCAAGGCUGAAGCUUUGAGCUUGCUCCUCAGACAGUGUUACCCCUGCCGCACUCGUGGUCAUCACCAUCUUAGGGGUCUCCCUUUUCCCUGUGACAGAUCCAUUGCUGGCAGUGGACAGGUAACAUCCUCGCUGCAGCCCCUCUGGCUCUAUCGCCCACCCUCCACAGGGAGGGGUCCCUAAGAAAGUGGACCACCCUGUGGGACGUGGUCUCACCUUGACCACACUAGGACUGAGGUAGAAAUUAGCCUUCCCUUCCUUGUAGAUCAUUAAAAAGUGACAGUACCACUUGUGGAGAGAGCUCCUCUUCCUUGUUGGCUGCUACACCUGGAGUGGAUGGGCAGCACCAGCCAGGGUGGGUAAUAGGUGCGGCCUGAGACAGGAGAAAGGUUUAGACACCCAGCCUUUGGUAGUGUUUUCCUGCCAUUCAUCGUGUCAGGGGCAGGAGGCGUGGUGUUUUCCAAGCCCGUUUCCUGUGAAGGCUCCUCAGAUAGCAAACUCCGGUCUGUGGUGGCUCACCCCGCCCACCUUAGCUUUUGUUAUGGCCUCAAUCAGGGCUUUUAGGACUACAGAGAGUCAGGGGGUGGAUUACUUUCCGUCCAUUUGUAGGGGGAUUUCCUCUUUCUGCUGGGCAAUCAGUUCCUUGGUACCUUCCCCCAACUCCAUGUUGCCACAGUCUCCCGUGCCCUGGCACCCCUCCAGGCCACCCGCCUUCACAUUCCCCUUCUACAACUGAACCCAGUCGCCAGCUUGCUGAGGUCUCCUAGAAUAAGACCUCCUUAACUGUCAGCCAGGGGUGCAGCCUUUGAUGGCCUGCCUGGGUGUACCACUCCUGAUGUUGCCUUGUGGGCAUUCCCAGGCACCCAUUUCCUCUCUGGGCCCUGCAAGUCCCAAGUACAAGAGUUCCUGGACUGAACCUGCAUGCCUGAAAACGUUCAGCAUUGUGGUCUUGCUUCAAGGUGCUCUGUUGCCCCUGUGGCCCCUCACAGGGCGCAGAGCCCCUAGCUCAGGGAGACUAUAGCCUGUGACCUGACCACAGAAUCUGCAGAUUUAGAUCUCACAAGAGGUUGCCCAGACUUCAAACUCUUGUUUUUUGUGGUAUCUUCAGAGCUCCAAUCCCUUAGUGCCCAGGGCUCAGGUCUGGAGUAACCCCAGCCCUGCCAAGCUGUGGGCCUGCUGGCAGGAGUGUGCCAGAUGCUGAUGAGCCUCUGGCAUCCUGUGCCACUGUGCUGGCCAUGACAGCUCUCUGAGUUGCAGAUUGCAAGUGUGCUGCCCUGCAUGGUUCAGCUGCUUUGGACAUCUGCUAGGCUUCCUGUGCCCUGUCCCCUCCUCAAUGUCAGUGAGUCACAACGGCCCUUGCUUAUUCUUAGCAAUAAUACCUGGGGAGUGUCCAUGAAGCCCUCUUGUCCUGGUCCUUGCUCUGCAUGGGUCUCCUGGGGAAGCUGCUGCUGAGACAGUUCAUGUGAGGACCUGCACUUACGAAGCUCUGAGCUGUGCAGACACUCACCAGGGCAGGCAGGUAGGUGAGACAUCAGUCCUUGAGCUAUGGCUAAGGCAGGGAGAGAACCAUCCACCCUGAAGGCUGCCCUGGAGGGGCUGCAGGCCCUGGCUUUGAAAUGGGUGGGACUGUCUUCCAUCCCAGUGACUCUUAAGAAAGACACAUGACUGGUUUGUGUGUGCAUUGCCUGCUGUGUCUCCAUUGGUCUCUGUCUCUCCCUUCUCAUAUGUGUGCACAUAAAAUAUACUGGUGUUUGUGUUCCA